UGGAGUGCAACAUCUUUUAUAUACAACUUGCUUAUAUUCACUUUGUUUAUUUUUACGGUGGAUUCCUUUGUAGAGCAGUGCAAGGAAACAGCCAUGAAAAUAACGAGAUGACUAUCGGCUCUGCGUCCGCAUUUUUGUGGAUCCAAUGUUGAAAUUGUUCGCUGAUUCGACGCGCGUAAAUUCGAAGUUUGCGUUGAACGAUGACCCAGCAGACGAGCCUUCUACAUAUCGGCGAUAUCGUCUCUCUUUUCGCCGAGGGAACCGUCAAUGGAUUCAUUAGCACACUCGGCCUUAUCGACGAUCGCUGUGUUGUGCAGCCGUCCGCUGGCGACCUGAAUAACCCGCCGAAGAAAUUUCGUGACUGCUUGUUCAAAAUAUGUCCGUCGAAUCGCUACUCCGCACAGAAGCAAUUCUGGAAGGCUGCGAAACCGACCACAAGCGCUACAGAUGCUGUUUUGCUGAAGAAACUUCAUCAUGCUGCUGAGUUGGAGAAGAAGCAGAAUGACUCGGAGUACAAGAAAUGCUUGGGGAGUGUCGUUGAAUAUGGAGGAGUUAUUCAGCUUCUGCAUGUGAAGAGUAACAAAUUUCUAACAGUGAACAAGCGACUUCCAGCCUUGAGAGAGAAAAAUGCCAUGCGAGUAACCUUGGAUACCAAUGGCAAUGAGGGAUCUUGGUUUUAUGUUGUUCCAUUCUACAAGCUCAGAUCAUCUGGAGAUAAGGUUGUCAUUGGAGACAAAGUUAUUCUGAAUCCAGUAAAUGCUGGUCAGCCUCUUCAUGCCAGUAAUCAGGAGCUGAUUGACAAUCCAGGAUGCAAAGAGGUUGGACCUUUUCCACAGACUGAUGAUGAUCCCACUAAAGACACAACCAGACAAAAGCUGAAAGGAAAUGGUGCUGUAUGCCAUCUUGUUCCCGUCCCACAUGGGAAUGACGUGGCAUCAAUCUUUGAACUGGAUCCUACUACACUGACGAGAGCAGACUCACUGGUACCAAGGUCAUCAUAUGUUCGUCUCAGACAUCUGUGCACCAGCACAUGGGUGCAUUCUACCUCCAUACCCAUUGACAAGAGUGAGGAACGACCCGUUAUGCUGAAGAUUGGUACAGCAAGCAUCAAAGAAGACAAAGAAGCUUUUGCUAUUGUCCCUGUUCCUCCAGCAGAAGUGCGAGAUUUAGAUUUUGCUAACGAUGCCAGUAAAGUCUUGGGGUCAUUCGCAAACAAGAUGGAAACAGGAAACUACACUCAGCACGAAAGACGGUUUGUUACACAGCUCUUAUCUGACCUUGUUUACUUUGUGACGGAACAUGACACUGGAAGGGAAGAUGUCUUGAAUAUCUCCAUCCAAAACCCGAACAGAGAUCGACAGAAAUUGAUGAGGGAACAGUACAUUUUGAAAGAGGUGUUUCAUCUUUUGAAGGCUCCUUUCACUGACAAAGGUUCCGGUCCUAUCAUGAAGAUAGAGGAACUCUCUGAUGCCAGACAUGCUCCUCUGAGGCACAUCUUUAGACUCUGUUACAGGGUGCUAAGACACUCACAGCAAGACUAUCGAAAAAAUCAGGAGUACAUUGCCAAACAGUUUGGCUUCAUGCAGGCACAGAUCGGCUAUGAUAUACUGGCUGAGGACACCAUAACUGAUCUUGUACACAACAACAGAAAACUCUUGGAGAAACACAUCACUCGCACAGAGAUCGAGACAUUUGUCAAUUUAGUUCGUAAGAAGAAAGAAUGCAGGUUUCUUGAUUAUCUGUCGGACUUGUGUGUCUCUAAUAACACAGCAAUUCCAGCAACACAAGAACUCAUAUGCAAGACGGUCUUAUACUCCAGCAAUUCUGACUUGCUCAUCGAAACCAGGUUAAUUGAAGGUGAGGUGUUUCUCGUGUGGGAUGGUGGUGACAAAGUAAAAUCACAGAAAGAUCUUGCAAAGGGCGCCAAACUAGGAAUCAAGGAUGACAUCAGAAUCUUGGACUAUUACAGAUACCAGCUGAACCUGUUUUCACGGAUGUGUCUGGACAGACAGUAUCUUGCUAUUAACAGCAUCAGCAAGCAACUAGAUGUCGACCUUAUACUCAGGUGUAUGGCAGACAAGGAACUGUCAUGUGACCUUCGAGCUGCAUUCUGCCGUUUAAUGCUUCACAUGCACAUAGACAGAGAUCCACAAGAACCGGUUACACCGGUUAAGUAUGCCAGACUGUGGUCGGAGAUCCCAACAGAGAUGAGUAUUGAAAUGUAUGAUCAGCACCUAGCAGUAGGGGAAGAGAGAGAAGAAAACCGGUUGAGGUUUUCCGGCGUUAUCACAUUUGUGGAGAAUUACCUGCAAAAUAUCAGCAGUAACAUUUGGUCUUUUAGCGACAAGGAACAGAACAAACUCACUUUUGAGGUUGUGCAGAUUGCAAGAAAUUUGAUCUACUUUGGAUUUUAUGGCUUCAGUGAGUUAUUGCGUCUGACGCAAACAGUGUUGUCAAUAGUGGACUGCGAGCAGCGCGCUCAUGGUGGAGUAAGAUCCUCUGGAAAGCCAGCAGCGGGAAGCGGAGAAAAGAUAAAUGUUAUGCGAAGCAUUCACAAUCUUGGCGCCAUUAUGACGCGUAUGGCAUUAGGAGGGAACCAAGACCCGUGGGGGCUUACACAGCAACCUGAAGGAGGAACCCAGCAAGAAAGCGAAAUCGACCAUGUUGUCAUGGAGACCAAGGCAAAAAUAAUCGAAAUCCUGGAAUUUAUUAUGAACGUUCGACUUGAUUAUCGCAUUUCCAGUCUACUGACGAUUUUCAAACGGGAUUUUGACGAAAGCAAUGCUGGCUUAGCAGAAAUGAAUGGAGAAAAUGGAACUAAACUCAGACGCUGUAAAAUUGAUAAAGAUGGUGUUCCGUAUUACCUUGGACCUCCUAACUGGAUUGACCUGGAAAACAUCAGCGCACAAGCGGAAGCUAUAUUUGGAGGGUCUACUGGACUAAAAGAGAUUGACCUUGAUCUUGAUGGUCAGGGGGGCCGCACAUUCCUCCGUGUGCUGUUGUACCUGUGUAUGCAUAACUACCCUCCCCUGGUGACAGGGGCGCUACAACUUCUCUUCAGGCAUUUCAGUCAGAGACAAGAAGUACUCCAAGCCUUUAAACAGCAUGUUGUCAUGGAGACGAAGGCAAAAAUAAUCGAAAUCCUGGAAUUUAUUAUGAACGUUCGACUUGAUUAUCGCAUUUCCAGUCUACUGACGAUUUUCAAACGGGAUUUUGACGAAAGCAAUGCUGGCUUAGCAGAAAUGAAUGGAGAAAAUGGAACUAAACUCAGACGCUGUAAAAUUGAUAAAGAUGGUGUUCCGUAUUACCUUGGACCUCCUAACUGGAUUGACCUGGAAAACAUCAGCGCACAAGCGGAAGCUAUAUUUGGAGGGUCUACUGGACUAAAAGAGAUUGACCUUGAUCUUGAUGGUCAGGGGGGCCGCACAUUCCUCCGUGUGCUGUUGUACCUGUGUAUGCAUAACUACCCUCCCCUGGUGACAGGGGCGCUACAACUUCUCUUCAGACAUUUCAGUCAGAGACAAGAAGUACUGCAAGCCUUUAAACAGGUACAGCUACUGGUAUCUAACAGUGAUGUGGAGAACUACAAGCAAAUCAAGUCUGAUUUGGAUGAGCUUAGACUGCUGGUGGAGAAAUCCGAGCUGUGGGUGUACAAGAGCAAGAAGGAUCUUCCUACUGAGACUCGCGCCAGAAAGAUCACACCAGGGCUGGUUGGGUUGAGGAAGGAUGGGGGCAGCAGCAGUAGCAGCAAGGAGCCGGAACAAAGAAAAGACAGUCUGGAACAGCAGGAUAUGGAAGUUGUUGGCACUAGCACGUCACAGGACCCGCACAGUAGUGACAGCGAGGGUGGGGGUACUAAGUCAGAGCGGCAACGGAUGGUUAGCGAUGGCUCCAUUGAACUCGAAGUUGAGCACUCCGACACUGUGUCACUGAAAAACUACAAGAAGACAGAAGCGAUCCUUGAAAGACUGAGCAAUCUUUGCGUAUCUUUUGGUGCAAGCUGUGUAAAGAACCGUAAACAUGAACAAAGAUUGUUAAGAAACAUGGGAGCUCACACAGUAGUUCUGGAACUGCUACAGAUACCGUAUGAAAAGAAUGAAGAUUUGAGGAUGGAGGAGAUCAUGGCCCAGGCUCAUGAGUUUUUACGUAACUUCUGCCUCAGCAAUCCUCAGAACCAGGCCCUACUCCACAAGCAUCUGGACUUGUUCCUCACCCCAGGGCUGAAAGAAGCUCAUACGUUACGCUAUGUCUUCAUGGAGAACUCAGCGCUUUGUUAUGAGGUCACUGAGAAAGUAGUUCAACAUAUUGUGCACUGUGUUGAGACGCAAGGCCGCCAUGUUGAAUACCUGAAAGCUUUGCAGACCCUGGUGAAAGCAGAGGGACAGUCCAUCAGAAAAACCCAGGACAUGGUCAUGGCCGAGUUAGUGAAUGUGGGCGAAGAAGUGCUGGUGUUUUACAGUGACCCCCAGUCCUUCAACUGUCUUGUCGACAUGAUGCAAUCUGAACGAGAGAGACUAGACGAGUCUGGUCCCCUGCUGUACCACAUCAACCUGGUAGAACUGCUGGCCUGUUGUACCGAGGGCAAAAACGUGUACACAGAAAUUAAGUGUCACAGCUUACUUCCACUGGAUGACAUCGUGCGAGUUGUCACGCAUCCGGAUUGUAUCCCCGAGGUGAAGAACUCUUAUGUUAACUUUCUGAAUCACUGCUACGUUGACACGGAGGUAGAGAUGAAGGAGAUAUACACAAGUAAUCAUAUCUGGACUCUGUUUGAAGACUUCUUAGUUGAUAUGGCCCGGGUUUGUAACAACACCUUAGACAGAUUUCACGCAGACACCAUGUUGGAAAAAUACGCAACAGAAACUAUCAUGAAUUUACUGACGUUCUUUUUCAACUCACCGUUCUCUGACUCUAGCACCACCAUAAAGUCACGGCAGCCUGUCUUUGUUCGUCUUCUUCGCGGUGCAUUCCGACUUUCCCAGUGCUCCUGGAUGACAGGAUCACAAAAAUACCAUGUGGAGACGUGUAUCAAGACGUUAUCUGAUGUUGCUAGGAAUCGUGGGAUUGCAAUCCCAGCUGACCUUGAGAGCCAGAUCCAAGCGUUGUUUACUCGGUCCCAGUUGGUGAUGAAACACACUCGACAUUGGCUCAGUCACGGGAAAGUCCGAAGGGACUCCAUGAUGAACCUUUCCAGGGACUAUAGGAGCAUCAUUGAGGGACUACAGGAUAUUGUUUCGCUAUUGGAGGAUCAACUUCGUCCGCUCGUCCAAUCAGAGUUAUCGGUGUUGGGUGACGUGCUGUAUCGUCCAGAGUUGAUGUUUCCUCGGCAGUCCGAAGCAUGGCACAAGUCUAAAAGCGGAGGGUUCGUCUCCAGGUUGAUAGCACACGCUAAACAGCUGCUCGAGGACAACGAAGAAGCUUUGUGUGUCCGAGUGCUGCAGACGAUCAAAGGCAUGAUGGCGCGUGAUAUCGACUUUGGAGACAAGGGUGACGCGCUACGUUCGUCGCUAUUAAGCCGCUAUUUUGGUGCAAAUUAUUACAUCACAAUCAGUCAGGCCAAUACUAAGACCUCUACCGAUAGCAACAGCAAGAAAACCGCCAGUCAGGAUGUAAACUCGGGGCCUGGGGCUGAGCUGCUGUCACGCGCGGGCGUCACGCUGUGCGAGAUGCAAGGUCGGCUUGACAAGUGUGGAGCGUCUGAUCUGAUUAUUGAUCUCAUUAUGAAGCAGCCGAACCACAGGGUGUUUCUUGAGAUACUUGAGCUCGCAAUUGCUCUGCUUGAAGGGGGAAACAACUCUAUUCAGAAAUCUUUUCUCCAGCGAUUUAUAAACGGUAGAUGUGAAGAGUUCUUCCGCUACGUUUUUGAUAAAAUGACGGAUGCAGAGGCUGAAAUCCGAGCAACCAUCACAGUUCAAACAACAGAAUCUACAGUAGCAAAGAAGAGCGAUAAAGAUGUUCCUCAUGGUAAGACCACUGAUGGACGUAGAGGGACUGUAUUUGGAGGACGACGGGACACUCUGGUAACAGGUUCUUUACUCGGUAUCAGCGAGGACGUGAAGGAACAAUUAUCCGAUGCAGCUACGCACACCAGCAAGGCUUACGCGGCCGUAAGAAGGGGCCGAGACCCGGACGCUGAAGUGGAACCUACCAGACCGUUGCCGAGUACAUCACUGUUUGGAACUGAUCUGCAAAGCAGCUCAGGCAAACAUGAAGUUAAAACCAUGUCCCCAGAGGUGCUUGUUAUGAAGCCGAUUCUGAGAUUCCUGCAGCUGCUCUGUGAGAACCACAAUAGAGAACUGCAGAAUUACAUUCGCAAACAAGACCACAGCAAGACCAACUACAACUUGGUUCACGAGACUCUGCAAUUCCUUGACUGCAUCUGCGGCAGCACGUCUGGGGGACUGGGACUACUCGGUCUGUAUAUCAAUGAAUCGAACGUGGGACUGAUCAACCAGUGUCUGGAGAGUUUAACCGAGUACUGCCAGGGACCUUGUCACGAAAAUCAGACCGCUAUCGCUCUACACGAGUCCAAUGGUAUCGACAUUAUCAUUGCUUUAGUUCUAAACGACAUCAACCCGCUGGGAAAACAACGAAUGGAUUUAGUUUUGGAACUCAAGAACAAUGCAUCGAAAACUCUGCUAGCGAUAAUGGAAAGCCGUCACGACACAGAGAAUGCUGAGAGGAUACUGUACAACAUGACACCUCAACAGCUGGUUGAUGUUUGCAAACAAGCCUAUAACCAGGAAGAUCUUGAAGACGAGAAUGAAUGCGAGGUUUCUUGUCGUGAUGUCGGUCAUAAUAUUUUCAUUCUCGCACAUCAGGUACUUUUAUUCACACAAACCUCAUCCGUGGGAAAAAAACAUGGCCACUUGGUUGUUCAGAAUUACAUUCGCAAACAAGACCACAGCAAGACCAACUACAACUUGGUUCACGAGACUCUGCAAUUCCUUGACUGCAUCUGCGGCAGCACGUCUGGGGGACUGGGACUACUCGGUCUGUAUAUCAAUGAAUCGAACGUGGGACUGAUCAACCAGUGUCUGGAGAGUUUAACCGAGUACUGCCAGGGACCUUGUCACGAAAAUCAGACCGCUAUCGCUCUACACGAGUCCAAUGGUAUCGACAUUAUCAUUGCUUUAGUUCUAAACGACAUCAACCCGCUGGGAAAACAACGAAUGGAUUUAGUUUUGGAACUCAAGAACAAUGCAUCGAAAACUCUGCUAGCGAUAAUGGAAAGCCGUCACGACACAGAGAAUGCUGAGAGGAUACUGUACAACAUGACACCUCAACAGCUGGUUGAUGUUUGCAAACAAGCCUAUAACCAGGAAGAUCUUGAAGACGAGAAUGAAUGCGAGGUUUCUUGUCGUGAUGUCGGUCAUAAUAUUUUCAUUCUCGCACAUCAGCUUUCACAACACAAUAAGGAGAUGGCGAGUUUACUCAAACCCAGCCCGCCUUCAGACUUGGAGGAAGUUAGAAGUGAUAGCGCUCUGGAAUACUAUGCUAAACACACAGCACAAAUUGAGAUUGUACGCCGAGACCGUACAAUGGAACAGAUUGUGUUUCCAGUGCCAAACAUUUGUGAGUUUUUAACUCCUGAAAGCAAAAUUGAUGCUUAUCAGACUUGUGAGAGAGAUGAUCAGAACAGCAAGAUUUCAGAUUUCUUUGAUAGAACGGAGGAGCUUUUCCGCGAGAUGCAGUGGCAGAAGAAGCUACGAGAGAGCCGAUUCUUAUUCGGAGUGAGCAGCCGGAUGACUUUAUGGGAGCAAAUCUCCAUCAACUUUGCUGUGCUGAUCAACUUGCUUGUUGCAUUUUUUUAUCCGUUUUCUGAUGGACCAGGUGAACUUGACGGUCGCCUGUCUGUCUUGGUGUGGCUGGCCAUGCUUGUGUCGUUUUCUAUUAUAGUGACUUUUCCUCGCCCGUCUGGGAUCAGGACGUUCGUGGGCUCGACUAUCCUUCGACUUAUUUUCUCCGUUGGACUGGAACCCACACUUAAAAUAUUAGGAUUAGCAAAUGUUAUUAUCAAAGCAAUAUUCAUAGUGAGUUAUGUCGGUAACCGCGGCACGUUUGAUCACAAUGUCCGCCGGCUUCUGUCGGACCGAAACCUUGUUCUUCAUUUGAUGUAUUUCACCUUCGGUUUCCUUGGUUUAACCGUGCACACUUUCUUCUACAGCAUACUGCUGUUAGACGUGAUUUUCCGUGAGGACACGCUUUUGAACGUGAUCAAGAGCGUUACUCGGAAUGGCCGCUCCAUUAUCUUGACCGCCAUCUUGGCUCUCAUACUUGUCUACAUGUUCUCCAUCAUUGGAUAUCUGUUCCUCAAAGACGACUUCUUGAUCGAAACUGAUCCAAGAUUGUCUCUUAGCUCUGCGUCCACCCCACCAAAUACGUGCAAUGCUGAUGACAAGAACUGCGAAGAAACUUUUUCACUGACCCAAACAAGCUCAGAGUCAGAAGAGAGCGUAAAGGAGCGCGCCUGUGACACCCUGAUAAUGUGCAUUGUCACCACCCUGAAUCAGGGACUCAGAAAUGGAGGGGGCAUCGGAGACGUCCUCAGACGACCCUCCUUGAAGGAGAACAUGUUUGUGGGCCGGGUCAUUUACGACCUGUUGUUCUUCUUUGUGGUCAUCAUCAUUGUACUCAACCUGAUAUUUGGUGUGAUUAUCGACACGUUCGCUGAUCUGAGAAGCGAGAAACAGAACAAGGAAGAGGUUCUCAAGAACACGUGUUUUAUUUGUGGUCUUGAUCGAUCAGCUUUCGAUAACAAAGUGGUGUCGUUUGAUGAACACAUCAAUUCAGAACACAACAUGUGGCACUACUUGUACUUUAUAGUCUUACUCAAGGUCAAGGACACGACCGAGUUUACUGGGCCCGAGAGUUACGUCAGCCAGAUGGUUAAGGAACAUGAUCUGGAGUGGUUUCCACGCAUGCGUGCCAUGAGCCUGGCGAUGGACGAAGGAGAAAGCGAGCAAAAUGAAAUGAGAAGUCUUCAGGAGAAACUUGAAAGCACAACGCGGCUGGUGUUCACUUUGUCACAACAACUGUCAGAACUCAAGGAGCAGAUGACAGAACAACGCAAACAAAAACAGCGCAUUGGUUUGUUGGGGCCUCACUCUGUGUCCGCGCUAACGAACAGUCUUACGACGAACAACUUCAAGAUAUAAAGAUUGUAUGGAGAGAAAGAGAGAAAAGAAAACCAGAACUUAACAAUGGAGGAAGACCGGCGAAUGUGGACAGCGAGGGUUGCAAGUGGAAAGUUAGAGAGGGGGAAACUGGAAGUGAAUACUGAGAGAAAUCUCGCCGACUUUUUCGGCUUCUGACCAGGUCUAAGAAAGUUAUUUUCGUAGGAAUAACUUUUAUGUGGCUCAAGGCGAUGAAUUAUCAGAUGAUUAUAAAUCUGAUCGUUAAUUUUGUACCCGAAAACCAAUAGGCUACAUUGCGUUCUGUGUCUUAAGAUACAUGACAUUUUGAAGAUUGGAAAUACUAAUAAGAACAGUGUAAAGUACAACGACCAGCAGUCUCUAAAGCUGGCAAAAAUGUGUUUGAUGUCUUUUUUAGGUAGAUAGUUUUCGCUUAUUGUUGUAUUGUAAAUGGUUGCUGGGUGUAAAAAUUGUCAGCUUUCUUCAUUUCAGUAGUAUUUUAAAACUAGUUGUUUUGAAGAAAAUAGUACAAAAUAUUUAUAGAUGACAGAAAUCGUAUCAAAAAAGGUAGUAGCUAAAGUAAUUGUAAAAUUGUUCUGCGUGGAAGUCCAGAUACAAAUAUUCCAAACCGGCCUCAAUGCAGCCCUUCUAUGUUGAUUGUAUAUAAUGAUAAUUUCAAUCACUCAACCCUCUCCCCAGCUUGACUUUGUAUUUAUAUUUUGACGAGUCAAAAUUAAACGUUGAUGACUUUAUGUCCAUGACAA